AUCAAAAUUAAACAUCAAAAUGAUUAAUAAAAAUCUUAUUUUCUUAUUAUCGAUACUCGUUCUAUUAUUAAAUCAAGUCCACGUUAAUGCCGUGGCGCAAGAAUAUGUUCCUAGAAAUAUUGAUGUAGAGCGUUCGCCUAAAAAUAUUUUGGUCGGUUCUUAUGUUGGAGGAAGAAGCCAUCUUAAACCAAUGUUAGAUGUCACUACUAUAUUAAUUGAAAGAGGCCACAACGUAAUAUUGUUAACAUCAGGAAAAUAUGAACCAUCAUCAGAGUACCCAGGUCUAAAACAAAUCACAUUAGGAUCUAAGAGCUUGACUGCCAAAAAUGAUAGACGUAUAAAUAUUCAUAAAGAAGUCGAUUAUAGGACAAUGGGAAAGUUUAUGGAAUUAGCUACGGCUACCUACAACGUAACUUAUGAAAAAUUUAAGAAUGCUGCUAAAGAAGAUAAUAUUGAUUUAUUCAUUUGUGACGCUUUGGUAAACCAAGCUUGCAUAGAUGUUGCUAAUAAUCUAAAUAAACCUCUCGUUGGUUUUACUUCGUUUAUGCAAAUGAUGGAACCUAAACCAUAUAAAUCUGAUCCAAUGUACGGCUGUAAUAUCUCAUUAGAAAAUGAAUCAUUUUUUGAGAGGUUUAGGUGUACUUUAAUACAACCUUUACAAAUAGCUUAUGCUUAUGGGCCUUCUAUACGUAAAUUAAAUGACAUAAAAGGCCAAAUGAAUAUAAAUCCCGUAUCGGAAAAAGAGCCAAAAUUUUCCUUAUCUUUGGUUGAUACUUUCUUUGGUUUUGAGUUACCACAAUCUUCAGCACCAAAUGUUCAGGAAAUUGGACCAGUAUUAUCAGAAGUAUAUCCCCCACUUACUCCUGAACUCUCGGAUUUUAUAAAUGGACACAUACGAGUUUUAUACGUAGCUUUUGGUACACGUUUCUACACAACUAUCGAGAAUAACAACAAAAUUUUACAAUCACUUUAUGAAGCAAUCAACAAUAAAAUGGUUGAUGGUGUAGUUUGGGCAUUAUCUGAGACAUCAAAAGAUGAUUUCAGUCCAACAUUAAACUUUAUUGAUGGUACACAAGUUCAAACUUUACCAAUUUUAAAUAAUGAACAUCCACAUAUUCAUAUUACAAAGUUUGCACCACAAUUCGCUGUACUUAAUCACACAAAUACAAAAUUAUUUUUCAGCCAUGGAGGCGCAGGAAGUACUCAUGAAUCUCUUUAUACUGGUACUCCUAUGUUAGUGUUACCUUUUGGUGGCGAUCAGAUGGGUAACGCUCAAAGAUUAGAAACAGCCGGUAUAGCAUUAUCAUUAAAUAAAAAUGCUUUGGAUGUCAAAGAUAUUUUAAAUAAAGUCAAUGUCUUAUUAAAUGAUGAACAUGUAAAGAAAAAUUCAAAGAGAAUGAAAUAUCUAGCCAGAAUUAAUAGUAAUAGAAAAUAUAGAGCAGCCGAUUUAAUUGAAUAUAUGUUAUAUAGUAGUGGUUUAAAUGAAUACUUAGAUGACGACUUUUUAAAAGAAUGGAUUCCUGCUGAGUCUAGAAUGGGAUUUAUUAAAGCAAAUAAUCUUGACGUUUAUGGAUCUUUAUUAAUUAUCAUUCCUGCACUUAUUGGAAUUGCAUUCAAUUUGAUUAAACAUACUUCAAAUUCUUUAUUUAAUAGAAAAAAAUCAAAGCAAGCAUAGUUUCGCUUUUAAAUAUAAAAAUAUAGAUAUACACACGAUACAUUUUUUUUUUUUUAGUUUAUAGAUUAUUUUUUAAUUUAUUAU